CCAAGGGCGCUUCUUCUCAAGCCCAAUUCAUCUUGUUUUUCCAGUCCUUAUUCAACAUCAAGUUUCUGCUCUUCAGUCCUUCGACACUUGUACACUCGUUUUGCAUCCAAUUAGACGCCGCAAGUCAUGUCCUGAUGCAGCUUCCCGUCAGCUAAAAUCGGCCGACAUGUUGCCCCCCGGCGGUGUUCGCAAGGGGGUGGCGUCAUGCGGUGGCCCUUUACGCAUCUGCACUUGGCCUUUGCCAUAUUACAUUCAUUCUAGAAGGAAGACUUUUUGUUCAAAUCAAUUGGUUCCAUCAAGAUGGCAGCACACUGCUCGCAAUGGUCAUACCUCGACUCAAUCCCUUAUUCAACCCAUAUCACUACAACGGCGGAAUUUGAGAGCGAAUAGUUCCCUUGCUCGCGCGAAAGUCGUAGCUCGGAAGGGUCACACCCCUCAUCAACCUGUCAGCAAGCCCGCAAUUAGCGGCACCACUGGAGUGGGAGAUGAUGCCCAGUCGAUCCUGCUUGCGAAUUCCCCAAGGGCUUCUGAGCUUUCGAAAGAAAUAGCAAGGCUUGGAAAGCUCCAAUCCGAUUACUAUGAUGCCCUCAGCCGGCACCGGCAGUCUGAUGUGCUCUGGUUGACAUGGGAAGAGCGAAGAGAAGUGCCAAGUAGUUCUGUGAACGGAUGGAUCACCAGACCACAGGGGUCUCGGAACCCGAAGCGCUAUGGCAUCUCCCUCCAAAAUGUUUUUGUUCCUCAGGUGUUAGGAUGUAUCUCUGAUAUCAAUGUUCGGAAGAAAAUUGUCAGCUGGGAACAGGACACGUGCAAAGACCUCGCUCCAUUAUUCAAAGAGAUGGUGAUGUCCCGUGCUAAGGUUGCUCGUUUAGCUGGUUUCAAGUCGUACUUUGAUUACAGAAGUCAGAAGAAGAUGAUGGAUACGAAAUCGGUGGAACUCUUUCUCAAGAACUUGAAGUCCCAGAUUGCCCCACAGACCGAUACUUUCAUGGGGAGUGCCCUUGAGCAGAAAAUGCAAGCCCUUGAUUACGACUUCACCAUCAAAAAGUUGCGUUCAAAACUAAGACCGGGGAAAACGAUUCGAGAUUAUCAGCUCCAUGAACCAGAGGCGCAAAUCAACAGGGGAGACCUCGCUUAUUAUCAUGGACAGAAGACUGGAUCUUUCUUCGCACCUAAAAGUCCCGAAGACCCGGACUUUUCUGAUUAUUUCCCUGCGGACCACACAGUUCGCAGUCUGCUCAAAUUUUUUGGGGUUCUCCUUGGCAUGAGCUUCCAAGAGAUUUUGCCCGGGCAUGAGUCCUAUCAGGCACUGGUAACGUUGUAUUUGGAGAACCAAGGCCUUACCGCACGAUUUGCCGAAGAGCUAGAUAUAUUUUACGUCUAUGAUACCACAGCACUCACCGGGCCAUUGGGUUUUCUUGUACUGGAUCUUAAAGAGCGAGAUGGCAAGGCUCGUGAAAUAUUCUGCACAACUUUCGGUCAUUAUGUAAUCUCAUACGGCGACGCUCAAAGGAGGGUUCAGGUACCAGGCAUCGCCAUUGUAUCAACAUAUAAUCGGGCAGGCCCCAAGAAACCCACACUACUCACCCAUUCUAACAUCGAAGCUUUCGCACACGAGCUGGGUCACGCCAUUCAUAGGCUUGCUCAUGGGAGCAAAGGAACGAAUGACCCUCGUGAUUUUGUUGAGAUACCGAGCAUAAUGGCCGAAUUCUGGGCUCAUGAUCCCCACGUUCUGCAACGCAUAUCAUGCCACUACACGUAUCUCAAACCAGAGUACUUGAUUGGGUGGAAAGAUUCGUGGAAAGAGAAACAUUCUUCCAAAAAUUUGCCACCCCAGCCGCUUCGAAAACCACCCCUCGAGAUGUUCAGCGAGAUCGCAUUUAUAAGACACCCACAACACGACUUGUACUCAACCCUAGAUCUACUGUGGAAGUCAAUGCUUGACUUGUCUAUUCAUAGCUCGUCCGAGGAAGAAUUGAGAUCUAUGGACAUCGGUGUGGGAUGCAGGCAGAUUCUCGACGAGUGGACUGGCAUAUUCACUCCUUUUGACGGAAAGGGCGAAAGCCAAAAUAAUUCGUACCUACAUUGGACGAUUUUAAAGAACUACGAUACAUCUGCAUACUGUUAUCUUCUUGCUAAAGUAUAUACCUACGACCUGUGGUUCAAACACUUCGCCAAAAACCCCUUCAACCAAAGGGCCGGCCGUCGAUACCGCAAGAUAGUCCUCGAGCACCACGAUACCCCAGUUUCCUGGAACCCCAUCCGCAAUCUCUUCAAUUUCCUGCUCUGGAAGGCAUUUGGCGUGCCCCGGACCCAUAUGGAGGCACUUGCGAAAUUCAUGGGACGGAAGCCGAAUAGCAAGAUGUUCAUCACGGCGUUGAAGGCACCGGCCAAUAGGAAUCAGACAUUUUGGAGGAGGGUGAGGAUUAGGUUGGGCAGUAUGUUGUUCGGGAUUGGUGAAAAUUGAAUGGCGGGGGGGUUGUCGUCAGGAUUUGGUUGACAGCCUUUCGGCUUCGGUGUGUUUGGUUUUCUUUAUGCCUUGAUGUCUAGCAUGAGAAGUGAGCGUUUUCAAUCCGACCCUUGACUUUGGACCGCGUUGAGAUAUUCUUACGCAUGAUCGAGUCGAAAAAGAAGUUCUGGGAUCGGAUACUUUGUCAUUAUACUAAAAAUUUGGGACACCGCAGUUCGAGGAAAUGCGGGCCUGGUACAAGGUUAUCAAAUUGGGGGCUCGAUCAAGCCCCAGCUGGGAGAUACGGAUCUUUGAUUCAUAUCAAGUGUGUACAAUUUUGUAUAUGAGUAUGAAUAUUGAUGAAUAGAGCCUGGGUCGCAUGACUCCUGCCCAUCCACGU